AUGAGUGGACGUGGACUGCUGGCCAGGCCUGUGGACCAGAUUGUACUGUUCCCUUACACAACCCUCCUGGCAGCCACACAACAUAGAGGAACGCAAGCAGGAAGAGACAGACAACCGCAGGCCCCAGACUUCAGCAGCGAAGAGGAAGUCUUCUCUCCGGAGCACAGAAGUAGACUCCUCAACAUGCCCCUUUCUUCUGUACUCUUCUGUAUAUUGGCUUUGCUAUUCCUACAAGCUUUAAAGGACAAGAGGUAUAAGCUUAUUAAUUCUUCAAAGGGUCGCUUGUCAAUUCGCAUCUCCAACAUCACAACAGAUGAUGAAGGACUAUACACAUGUUACCACUAUGGUGCUGCAGUCACAACCAAGCAAGUGAAUGUCACUGUUUUAGCUGCUCCCUCCAAACCUCUGCUGGAAGAACUGACAAUUAGAGUCCACAGUGGAGAAGAAAAGAUUAUCCUAAGGUGCUCCACUUGGGGGAGCAAGCCCCCUCCUCAGAUAACAUGGCUGCUGGACAAUGGGAUAGAACUCUUUGGUGACACUCAACACCAGUGUGAAGGCAAUGGAAAGAAGUGCAACACAACCAGCACCCUGAGAGUCCAUACCUUCAGCCAGAAGUCUGCUAUGACUUGUGUUGUUCGCCACAAAGCUCUGGGAAAUGGAAAUUUAACUGCAGCUGUCGAUCUCCGCCAUAUCCCGUUUGCUACAGACAUCAUUCCAACUACAUCUGAAUUUGGUACGACAACCUUGAAGAAUCCUUGGCAUUACACAGACAACAUAUUAAAUGUAACAGAAGGAAACUUCAGGACGCAAAGGCCAUCCCCGAGCAGCGAAGCGGACACUCCAAAAUCUAUCCCCAUCAGCGAACCUGACAAAGUAUUAAAUGUAACAGAAAGAAACUCGAGUACACAAACACCAUCUCCAAGCCCUGAAGCUUCUGCUACUCUAAAUUUCAAUGUGACCAGAGGAACAAACCUUACCCGUGAAGGAAUCAUGAAUAAGCCCAACAAGUUAUUACCGAUCCUUGUGGCCACGCUACUUUCGAUUCUAUUUGUCGCAGUUCUACUCCUCUCAGUGAAACUGUGGAAAGCACAUAGAGAGUGGAAGAGAGAAAACGAUUCUUCAGAUGUGACGGUGGAGAGCUACAAAGCCAGGCCUAAUGAAGACAAUCAUGUGCAAGAGAAUAGACAUGUGGUCAGUUGGAAGUCCAGUAUUAAGCACGCAGCUGAAGGAUCAUGGCGGACAUCAUCAAAAAAUUCAGAAGAGUCAAACGGAUCAGUCUUUGAGAAACAGUUGCCCUACAUAAGGGAGACGGAUCUGUAACUGUCAGUCCCUACUGACAAUAAUGGACUGUUUACUGUAACAGCGGUGUUGGGCUGCAUCCCUUUUAUUUAUUCUUCAGCGUGCUGUCUUGCAAAUAUUUGUCCAAAAUUGAAAUCCCAACAGGAUUUUAGAGAAGCAGAAGUGACUCAUAAAAUGAGGGUAGUCUGCGCCUUGGUUCUGGUUUUGACCGACAUAUUGUGAUUUUUAAAAACCAAAAUAGCAAUACUAUGGACACACUGA